GCUGGACAUGGAGUUUGAAGAAUCCGGUAUCGGAGAGGAAUGUGGGGUUUUCGGCUGUCUUGCAGCAGGCGAGUGGCCGACACAACUAGAAGUUGCGCAGAUUAUAACACUAGGGCUUGUAGCUUUGCAGCACAGAGGCCAAGAAAGUGCAGGCAUUGUUACAAGUAAUGGAUCCAGUCCACCAACGUACACCACCCUGAAGGGCAUGGGGUUAGUGAGCACAGCUUUUAAACCAGAAGACAUGCUGAAACUGCGAUAUGGUAACUUGGGGAUUGGGCACACGCGCUAUUCUACCACAGGAAUGUCAGAGCUGCAGAACUGCCAGCCCUUUGUGGUGGACACUCUGCAUGGCAGGAUUGCAGUGGCCCACAACGGAGAACUUUUCAACGCUGCUGCACUUCGCAGAAAGGUGAUGAGACAUGGUGUGGGGCUUUCCACUAGUUCAGACAGUGAGCUCAUCACUCAGCUCCUUUGCCUGACUCCGCCCAUGGAGGAGGUCGACAAUCCUGAUUGGGUAGCGCGCAUUAAGAACUUGAUGACCUUGACACCAACGUCAUACUCCCUGCUGAUAAUGCACAAAGAUGUGAUCUACGCUGUGCGAGACCCAUAUGGCAACAGACCUCUGUGUAUCGGACGGCUGGUGCCCAUCUCCAAACUACACAGCUCUGGAGGUGGAGAAGGAGACACAGAAGGCUGGGUUGUUUCCUCAGAGUCCUGCAGCUUCCAGUCCAUUGGCGCCAAGUAUUACUGUGAAGUCCGGCCUGGAGAAAUAGUGCAGAUCUCCAAACACGGGGUCAAGAGCCUGAACAUAAUCCCCCGUCCUGAGGGAGAUCCUCCAGCCUUUUGUAUAUUCGAGUAUGUCUACUUCGCCAGGCCAGACUCCAUAUUUGAAGGUCAGAUGGUAUAUACAGUCAGGCAGCGCUGUGGACGCCAGCUGGCCAUUGAGGCCCCCACUGAUGCAGAUGUGGUCAGUACAGUGCCUGAGUCUGCUACUCCAGCUGCUUUAGGAUAUGCACAAGAGUCUGGCCUGCCCUACGUAGAGGUCCUGUGUAAAAACCGCUACGUCGGCAGGACAUUUAUUCAACCAGAUACUCGUUUGCGUCAGCUUGGGGUGGCCAAGAAAUUUGGGGCGCUGACGGACAACUUUGCUGGAAAACGAGUAGUUCUCGUUGACGAUUCCAUUGUGAGAGGCAACACCAUCUCACCAAUUAUUAAACUGCUCAAAGAGGCAGGAGCAACAGAGGUCCACAUUCGUGUGGCAUCACCUCCGAUUCGGUUCCCCUGCUACAUGGGCAUCAACAUUCCUACCAAAGAAGAGCUUAUUGCUAACAGACCAGAGUUCAAGGACCUUGCUAACUAUUUAGGAGCUACCAGUGUGCAUUACCUGUCUGUCGAGGGCCUGGUGACAGCAGUUCAGAGUGGGAUCGAGCCCUACGAGAAUGAGCAGAUCAGCUCCAGCAGCAAGACCAGCAGAAAACUGGGUCAUUGUACAGCCUGCCUGACCGGCAAAUACCCCAUCGAGCUGGAGUGGUGACGAAGCACACAGCAACACAACAGCCAACAUUGCACCUCAUGAAAAUUCAGCCUGUGACAUGUGGUAACCACUGUAUGUAGAUUAGGUCUACUAUACUGGGAGGUAUGAAACCCAACGGUGAUUGCUGAGUGCAUUUAAUCAUAAUGCUCUCGAUUAACAAGGGUUUCAACCCUCCCGACGACAUUGACAUUUAUUCACACUGUUGUAUAUUUUGCCAUGUAAUUACUGUGAGGCAGGAUAUACUUCAGUGUGUUAACUCGUCUGCUAAUUUAAGCACUUUUUUCCAGUCUUUCUCUGUACCCCUCAAUUUUUUUUCACCCUUUCUCUAGUGAAGGGCUUUGGUUCAUCUUACCACAUGGUUUGAAGAGUUGUGCAACCUUGCUUCAGUGACACGUCCAAGUUAUACGCAGAGCAUUUAUGUAACGUUACACUUAACCUUUUGAAUUUCUAUUGAAUGUCAUGAACUUGUACAUGUGCCUUACUUCUGGCCACAUAGCAUCUGAGAGCUUGAAAUCAACAUAUUUUUUUUUUUGCUUUACAACUGUAAUAAAAGACUUUUUCCAGC